AUGAAUACUCGCAUUGCAACCCCAAAACAUCGGUUUGGUACAGCAGCUGCUGCCACCGGUGGUGCCUCAUCACCGACGAAGGCGUCCACUCCGCGAUCGCGUCCGGCCACAGCUUCCAAAUUGGCCACUUGUUUGCUUACGAAACGCACGCAAUUGAACACAUCGAGCUCGGAAUCAUUGCCGGGCUCUCCGGCCCGAACACCCAAAAGCAGUUCCACGCGUCUACCCAGCAUUGCCAAUGGACUGGAGAUGAAAUCGAAAUCGUCCACUUCGCUUAACACAAACAGUUGCUAUACACCUUCGUCUUUGUACCGAGCGCCGCUUGUUGCGUCGAAAAGCGUUUCCAAAGAAUUCGGUACUCCCCGAAAUGUGUUGAAACGCGCCGCGGCAAGAGAAAAUCUUUUGAGUGCAAGGACACCGGAAUGCUUUUCGCGUAUUUCACUGGACAGCCCACAAGCGUCUGGGGGAAGGCAUCGUACGAGCCAAACAAAGCUAGAUGAAACCCAACGUAGCACAAAGGAAAAAGACAAGGAAGGGUCGGGAAGUGAAAUAAGUAACCUCAAAGUUGCCGUCCGUAUCCGUCCCCUGUCGGCAAAGGAGUGUAUCGACUCGGUGGCCAAUAUCGUGCGGGUCGAGAAUAAUGAGCUGUACAUUAAUGGCGGCAGCACGGCCGAUAAUCUUGCCGGAGUGGAACACUACUUUCUGUACGAUCAUGUGUUUUGGUCUUGCAAUACCGAGGAUCCUGCUUACGUGAGUCAGACUGGAGUUUACUCUAACCUUGUCCAUCCACUGCUCGAUAAAGCAUUCGAAGGGUACAACACCUGCCUGUUUGCGUACGGACAAACGGGAUCCGGCAAGAGCUACAGUAUGAUGGGAAUGGAUCUGGAUGAGAAUUACGAUGAUGCUCCGAACCCGGACGCUGGCAUUAUACCUCGCUUUUGUCAUGAAUUGUUUUCGCGUAUAAAUUCUCUAAAGGGCCAGGUUCAUGCCGAAGUGGAAGUGAGCUAUUUUGAGAUUUAUAAUGAGAAAAUACAUGACCUACUGUCCGUCACACCGACCGAUGGUGUAAUCACCGUAUCAACACCCGGACAAGGAUCUAAAAGGGCCGCACUAAAGGUGCGCGAGCAUCCCGUCUGGGGACCGUACGUGGUCGACCUAAGCACGCAUCCGGUCGAUUCCCAUACAGCCUUGCGGAAUUGGCUCGCCGUGGGAAAUAGUCAACGAGCUACUGCGGCCACCGGAAUGAACGAUAAAAGUUCCCGAUCCCAUUCGAUCUUUUCGGUUGUGUUGAAUUUGGUGGAAAUUGUGCACAGCAGCGAUACGGACGAUUCGGAACGUCCCGGCGGUGGCACAUCGGUGAAGCAGACAAAGCGAAGCAAAAUCAGUCUCGUGGAUUUGGCCGGUUCUGAGCGUGUAAGCCAAACGUGCGCGAGUGGCGCACGGUUGAAGGAAGGCGUUAGCAUAAACAAAAGUCUGCUGACGCUUGGGAAAGUAAUCUCGGCACUGGCAGAAUCGAAGAAAAGUGCUACCACUUACAUCCCGUAUCGUGAUUCCGUUCUUACGUGGCUGCUGAGGGAAAAUCUUGGUGGAAACUCCCGCACCGUCAUGUUGGCCACCAUAUCACCUGCCAGCAUUCACCUGGACGAAACACUUGCCACGCUGCGGUACGCCUGCCAGGCACGCAGCAUUGUUAACCGCGUCAAGGUGAACGAAGAUCCGCACGAUCGUAUCAUUCGCGAGCUGCGGGCGGAAGUCGAACGUCUGCAGGUCCUGCGACAAGACUACGAGCGCCAAAAGCGUUUAUCCGAAGCUCAUCAACAUCAUCAUCCGCCGCGCAAAAUCAUCAUCGAAACAUCGGUAGAUGAUGGUGAGGUUGAGGCACUGCGCCAACAGCUUGCCGAGACGGAGCAGGAGCUCUCGAAAGCUCAACGAUCCUGGCGUGAACGGUUGCAGGAAGCGGAAGAUAUUCGCCGGACGGAGAUGAAGUUGCUUAAGCGCAAAGGGCUAGCGUUGGAGCUGUCGGCCGAACAGAAGGAACCAUGCCUGGUGAACUUGGCGGCCGAUCCAAUGCUGUCCGGUACAUUGCUGUACAUAAUUCCUCCUGGGACGGUACAGAUUGGCCGACCAUCCUCCCUAACAUCACCAGACAUCGUUCUGGAGGGUCCUCUUGUAUCGCCCAAACAUUGCUCCAUCGAGAACAAAAAUGGAAAGCUAUUCCUGCUACCGGAACCAAACACCGAGUAUGAAACAUUCGUCAAUGGUGAACUCAUCCUAGAACGUCGCCAGUUGUUCCACGGUGAUCGACUGGUGAUCGGUGGUUCGCACUAUUUCCGCAUCUCGAACCCGCUGUGUCCGAACAAAUCUACCCAGAUUAUGGUAGACUUCCAGCUAGCUCACCAGGAGAUUUUGCACGAACAGGAGAACCGCCUGCGGCGUGAGUUGGACGUGGAAAAACAAGCAGCAAUCGCGCGUAUAGAGGCCGAACGAAUGGCCCACGAGCAGGAAUAUGAAGAGCGAUUGGCUUCGCUUGAGCUGGAAAAAUUUAAGUACAAAUGUCGCAAGGAGUUGCUUGAAACGGAACAAGAAGCAUUGCUGCAGUCCGUUGGUAAGCGCCAAAAGUCCGACGGUCCUAAAGACCGUCCGUCGGAUGUUCGCGAUUCGUUUGAUUGUGCUCCAUCAACCGUGGAAUCAAACUUGGCGGAAAAGAUUCGCCAAAUAAUGGAGCACACAAGCGAGGAAAGCCUAGCGCAUAUACAAAUGAUGGUAAAGGAAGCUAGUCAGCGGUGCCGGACUGUGGGUUUAGACUACGACUUCAAGCAAACGCAGGUGUGGCAAGAUGAAGGCAUUUUCCGUGCCAUGAUCAACAUCGUCGAUCGCGCAAACGGACGAAUAGCCGAGUGGGUUCCGGCACGGCUCGAAUACUGGCUGGGUGUUGUGCGCGAACGGGACGAUUUAACGGCGGACAAUAUGUUCGAACAUUUCGAUCUUGUAUGGAUCGAUGCGGCGAACCAGUCGGCAAACGAAUCGCUCCUGCAAGAGUCACACAAUUCGAGUCGCAUAUCGUUGAACCUUAGUGCGGUGAAGGAUGCGAUCCGUGGACGACACAGUCUCGUGUCAAAUUCCAACUCCAGCACCCCAAGUAGCGAAAACACCGUGGUAGGAAGUUCACGCAAAUCGCAAGGACUUUUCAAAUCCAUCUUCUCAAGACCAACGCUGAUGCAGGAUAAAGGUUGUACGAACAGUGCGCGAAAGGCUCUCUUUACUGACCCGGAGACAAACGAUGAAAAUGUCCCAAGCAAUCACCAACAUUCUUCUCCACACACCAAAGGCGCCACUACCGCUCUGCAUCGAUUCGAUCAAAAGGCAGCCAAUUAUCUCCGAGAACUUAGCGUAGUGACGUUGAAGCUACGGAAAUUGUGCGAGAAACACCAAGAAUCCGAUUCGUCUGCCAUUAUCGAGCAGGCGCAAAAUAAACAGAAAAGGAACGAUUCGGAAGAAAUGUUGGCAGCACGCUGCCUGGAUUCGGUGGCCGAUAUUGAACGGUCGCUGCAAACCAUCCGUUCGGUACUGGCUGACCACAACAUCAAGGAAGCUACGCUCAGUGCUAUGGAGGAUGAUUUCGGCCGGACGCCCAAAUCGGUACGCUUUCUUUUGGACUAG